AUGGCUUCCCAGGACCUCCAGUGGCUUCUUGUGCGCAACAACUCGAGCUUCAUCGUGAAGCAGAAGGGUCUUGGCCGCAUCUUCUCGCGCGAGCCCCGCAACCUCGUCCAGCUGCACAGCUACAAGUACUCUGGUGUUGUCAACGCCAAGGCUGUCGGCAUUGAGGCCGCCAAGUCGGGCAAGGGCAUCGUUCUGACCACCAAGAACUCGAAGAAGACCCCCUUCUCGAUCAAGUCGACCAAGAACGCCUCCACCAUCAAGAAGGGUGGCUCGCGCCGUGCCGCCGGCGUCGUCUCCAACGUCGUCGCCAAGAAGGGCUACCGUGCCGACCUGACCAAGGUUGCCGUUGUCCGCGCCUCGGCGCUCCUGCGCUCGCAGCGUGGCCGCAAGCAGCCCCCUGCCCGCAAGGUUCGUGGCUCGGGCGCCCGCAAGGUUGUCAAGGUUGAGGAGCCCGUUGCUUAA